AUGACCACAAAGUGUGCAGUUCUCACGACAACAGGCAAAGAGUGUAAAUUUCCAUUCCGUCAGGGUGGAAGGAUUCAUCAUCACUGCAUCAUCAGCCGUUCCUCAAGACCUUGUUUUGACCGGGACCUGAAGUGGGGCUACUGUGUCCCAGAGGAAAGGCAACCAAAUGUUUUCAUCCACAUGUCACGAAGAAUCAUCGACCCGUGUCAGAUGAACCCCUGUCAGAAUGGUGGUUCCUGCAUGCUGGUCCCACUCAGGGACUCGUUUGAGUGCGUCUCAGAGAGCUUCACCGGGAUGCUGUGUGAGCACAAGAAGUGCUAUGAAACCGUACACCUGCGCUAUUAUGACAUCGGAGAGUCUUGGGGACGAAUUCACCUGCGUAAUGUGGAACAGUGCCACAUGUGUAUCAGGGAAAUCAAGUGUGAGAGAGUCCGCUACACAAUGUGCCGUACAAACCCUUGUGAGAACGAUGGAACAUGUCGACUGAUCAUAGCCACCGGCAAAGAAGUGUGUAACUGCAGGCGUGGCUACACCGGACAUAUUGUAGCUACGGUGAAACCGGAGACAGAGUGCUAUAACGGCAGAGGUACAGGUUACCGAGGGGUGGUGGGCACCACGGUGUCGGGUGCCCGGUGUCUGCCGUGGAACUCAGACCUGCUGUAUGAUGAGAUCCAUGUGGGCACAGUGGUCGCCUCUGCCCUCAGGGGUCUCGGGGAACAUGCCUACUGCAGAAACCCAGAUGCUGACAAGAUGCCAUGGUGUUACACAGUAAAUCACGGCGCCAUCUCCUGGGAAUACUGCGACGUUCCCUCCUGUGUGAUGCCUGUGUGGAAGGUUCAACCUGCUGCCAAAUCCAAAAUAUUAAGAAGAGCUUCUUCUCGGAGGACAAACUCAUCUAAUGUCUCUGGGGGUCAAAAGCCAAACUCGAACAAACCAACCGAAAAGCCUGUCUGCGGGAAGAAGCACAAGAAGUCAAUGGCUAGGGGCAGGAUAAUGGGUGGAAACACUCCUCUGCCGGGCACUCAUCCCUGGGUGGCAGCUAUUUACGUCAGAAAAAAUGAUUUUUGCGGUGGCACCUUGGUGUCCUCCUGUUGGAUUGUUUCUGCGGCACACUGCUUCUCCGGCAGUCCCCUGAAGUCUCAGAUCCGCGUGGUUCUCGGACAGCACAAGUUCAACGUCACCGAUUCCAACACCAGAACAUUCGGAGUAGAGGACUACAUUUUUCCAAAGCAGUUCUCCGUGUUUAAUCCAACACAGCAUGAUAUUGUUUUAGUCAAGCUGAAAAAAGAGGAUGGGAAAUGUGCAAGGAGAAGUCAGUUCAUAAGGCCCAUCUGCCUCCCAGAAAAAGGCAUGACGUUCCCUGAUGGCUACUGCUGCACUAUUAGCGGCUGGGGAUACCUUCAUGAGAAGUCAAAGGAGUACUCAACCUUGCAGGAGGCAGGAGUGAGGCUGAUUCCCCACAGCACUUGCACAAAGCCAGAAGUGUACGGCAACCAUGUCACUGAAGGCAUGAUUUGUGCAGGGCGUCGCUGUGUUGAUGCAUGCCAGGGUGACUCUGGGGGCCCGCUGGCUUGUGCAAACAAUGAUGUCAGCUUCCUGUACGGGAUCGUCAGCUGGGGAGAAGGCUGCGGCCGCUCUGAACCUGGUGUUUACACUAAAGUGGUGAACUACCUCGACUGGAUCAAUUCAGUUAUCAAACGCAAACCUUCUUGAAUGGACAAUAACCUGGACAUUAACUUGAAUACCUUGAAUAAUUUGGACCUUUUUUAUUAUUAUGGAAGUUAAUAUUUUUUUAUACUGUGAAAGAGUUUUAUACUGAAUAAACCUUUACUGUCUUGAUGAUA